AUGGGGAAGAUCAGGAAAAAAACGAGCAAGCGCGGGUCGACUAACCGUCGCGCGCAAAUCAAGCAAAAAGUCAAGGAGACUCACCGCAAAGCUAAGCGGGACGCAAAGAAGAAUCCUCAAUGGAAGUCCAAACACAAGAAGGAUCCCGGUAUUCCCAAUAACUUCCCGUACAAGGAGCAAAUCCUUGCUGAGAUAGCGGAGGAGCGGCGUAGGGCCGAGGAAGCGAAGGAGCGUAAAAAGGAGGAGAAAAAGGCGCUGAGGGCUCAGGCCAAGGCUGUCGCGCUCUCGGGCCCAGAGGCAGACUCGGACGGCGAGCAGGAAGAGUCGGCCGAAGCAGCCGAGCAAGUGACUGUGGGCGAUGCCGAGAAUGCGUUCCUCGGCAUCUCGACUGUCCCCUCGACGUCGGCGCGGACGAGCGCUAAGGGCAAGGCAAAGGCCGCGCCCGCCGUGGAGGUGGAGGAAGCGGCAGACAUUCCUCUCCUGCUGAAUCCGGACUGGCCGCACUUGGGCGCAGUCUUGAACGAUGCGGAUAUUUUUAUCCAAGUUCUCGACGCUCGGGAACCCUUGGCCUUCCGCAGUGCCCAGAUCGAGAGGCUUGCGCAUGAAAGGGGCAAGAAAAUGCUAUUCGUUCUAAACAAGAUCGAUACCUGCCCUCGGGAAUACGUGGCGCGUUGGGCCGCCCACCUCCGGACGACCCACCCGACCGUCUUGUUUCGCUCGGCAACGGCGUUCUUGCCGCCUGCACCAGGAGCAACAGCCCAAAAGGGCAAAGCCGUCGCAGCCACGACCGAUGCUUUGGGGACAGAUGCCGUGCGCCAUCACCUAGAGCAAUGGGCGGCUGAACAUGGCGAGGGAGCUCUGAAGGUCGCAGUUGUGGGUUUGACGAAUUCAGGAAAAUCGGCCUUCAUCAACUCGCUUGUGGGCCGUGCCUCGCUUCCAACCUACAGCCCUGCAUCGACGCCUGCAGGACCCUCUAUGACACCUUACGCUGUCUCGCUCUCGCUCUCCCUUGGGUCCACCUCUGUCCAACUCAUCGACACGCCCGGUUUGACGUACUCCUCAUCUGUUCCUGUCGCAGAGCGUACUCCUCUCACAGAAUCCCGUCGUUCCGGCGACGCUCUCGUCCGCGCUCGCGGUCGGCUCGAUAAAUUGCAUGACCCGCAGCCGGCCCUCGUCCACAUCAUCAACCGUCUGGUCGCGCCAGAAGACCUCAUGCUGUUCUACAGCUUGCCAGCGUUUGACAAGAGCAAUACAGAAGCACUCACAGCGUCAUUGGCCCGCUCGCUCGGGCUGGUCAAGAGGCGGGGAGCCUUGGACCACGCCGGCGCUGCACGGACACUCCUCCGCGACUGGGCAACUGGAAAGCUUCCUCGUGUAGCUGUGCCGCCAGAAGGUUCAAAAUCCGAACCCAAUGCCGCGGAUGAGGAGGUUCUGAAGCAUCUGAAGAGUGUAGCGGAGAUGAAGAAGGGAGAUGGACUCGUACGACUCUCGCCUAUAGAGGUAGAGGACCGGGAGGUUGAUCUUGAGGCCCCGUGGGCCGCUGAGGAUGAGAGUGACGAAGAAGGCAAGGAUGAGGACGAGGAAGAUGCUGAGGAUGACGAGGAGGAGAUGGCUGAGGAUGAUGACAAGGAUGGCGUCGAGGAGGAUGAGAGCGAGGAAGAGGAAGAUGUCCGACCUCCGCCACGAUCCUCAAAACGCAAAGCUGGACCCGCUCCGCCUCGCGCGUCGAAGAAGGUGGCGUUCGAACUACCCCCUUCGCGCAAUUCAAAAUCGGCGCCAACGCCACAAGCGAAAGCUGUACCGGCCAAGAAGGUGCUAAAGGCGAAGCCAUCGAAAGUGCAGGCGAAGCCGGCAGGCAAGGUGGCCAACGCACCGAAGACGAAGACUGCGACCGCACCAGCAGCCGAUGACGGUGCAUAUAACUUCGGGGCGUUCUUCAAGUAA